AUGUCUACAAUUAAUUCCAAUUCUUCACGAUCUGUUUCAUUAACAAUAGAUAAUCCAAAGGAUAAACCAAUUCUAAAUGGUAAUCGUAGGUCAAAUUCAAUGAGUACUAAUAAUAAUGUGUCAAAUUUAGUUGGUGCUAUAAAUAAAUUUAAUAUUAAUAAUGGCCGUGGGAAUAAUCAAGAUGAUAAAAUUAACGUGAAUUCAGGUAAUAUUACGUGGAAUAAUAACUCAAAUGCUUCAUUUGAUAAUUCAGGACAGAUAAUAACUCAUUUGAUACCACCUCCACCAAUUUCGCCUUAUGGAGCACCUCCAUUCAAUAUGAAUUUACCACCACCUAAUAUUCCACCUCAAUUUUCACCCCAAAUGCAACAAUUUAAUCACAGUCAAUUGAAUUAUAAUCCAUAUCAAUCAUAUCCACCAUUGACUCCACCAGAUUUUCAAAUAGAAGGAACUCCACCACCAAUAGCUCAUUUACAUCAACCAAAUUAUCAUCCAGUUCAUUUACCUCCAACACCACCAAAUGUAAAUGCAACUCCAAUAUGGCAAAAUAAUCAAAGAAAUAAUAGGAAGUAUCGUAAUACCAACAAUUCAAAAGAAAUUUCAAAAUACGCAAAUUCAAAAGCUGAAGAUUUUAGAGGUGAAAUUUUAUCAUUAAGUAUGGAUCAACAUGGUUGUAGAUUUCUUCAAAGAGAGAUAGUUAUAAAUGAUCCAGAGGUUUUAAAUUUGAUACUUGGUGAAGUCGAAUCUAAUGUUGUUGAUCUUAUGACUGACCCAUUUGGAAAUUAUUUAAUUCAAAAAUUAUUUGAGAAUAUAACUCAAGAACAAAGAAUACAAUUGGUAAAUAAUUCAAAAUCUGAUUUUAUCAAAAUAGCCACUUCUCCUCAUGGAACUAGAUCUUUACAAAAAGUAAUUGAAUGUAUCGACUCAAAAGAAGAAGAAGAAUUAAUGAUUGAGAAUCUAAAAGAUCAUGUUGUGCUUUUAUCUAAAGAUCUAAAUGGAAAUCAUAUAAUUCAAAAAUGUCUCACGAGGUUGAAGAAUAAUCAAAUAAUUUUUAAAAUUUUAAUUGAAAAUUGUAUUGAUAUAUCGUGUCAUAAACAUGGAUGUUGUGUAAUUCAAAGGUGUUUAGAUCAAGAGCAUGAGAGUGAAGAAUUGGUUAAACAAUUAUCAGAAAAUGUUAUACUACUUUCAUUAGAUCCAUUUGGAAAUUAUGUGAUUCAAUACAUGCUUGAAAAACAUAAAAGUGAUGAAGUUGUACUUGAUAGAUUGACUAAAAAGGAGAAUUUUUACAAGUUAUCGAUACAUAAAUUUGGUUCUAAUGUGAUUGAAAAGUUUUUGAAAAUGAGUGAUGGUAAGGAGAAUUUAAUUGAUUGUUUAUUGAGCUGGGGUGAAGCUACUAAUGUUGAAGGAGAAAAAGAUGACGGAUUGUUUACGAAAUUGUUGAAUGAUUCAUUUGGUAAUUAUGUGUUACAAACUAGUUUGGAUAAUUGUAACUCUAAGCAAUUUCAAAAAUUAUCAAUGAUUUUAUUACCUUUAUUAUCAAAUAUUAAAUCAACUCCUCAUGGUAGAAGAAUAUUCAACAAGAUACAAUAA